AUGUCUCGUGAUAUUAUCAGCGUUGAUGAUGUGUAUCUCAAUACAUUAGGCACAUUCAUAACUAUUGUGAACUCAGCAUCACCUAUUCCACAUUCAGAUUCUUUCUUCAACGAAUUGUUCGAAUCGAAAUGUGAAACCAAACCAGCAACUUUCAUCUCACAGUUGGCUUAUUAUGGCGAAAUAGCUGUUGGAUGUGUAAAAGCAAAGCUGAUUACCGACAAAAUCAGUAAAACUGAACUACCUGGUGUUCAUAUCGAAACUUUAGAUGUUCUAAAGGCCUACCGGGGUAAAGGAGUAGGUUCAAAACUAUUGGAAUAUGUCGAAAACCGUUGCAAGCAAUAUCAUCAGUCCGAAUUGUACACAUACGUGCCUAGUAAUAAUGAAGGAGCAGUAGAGUGGUAUUUGAAGCAUGGUUUUAAGUUAAACAAUGAUAGAGUACAAGGGUAUUACGAGGAAACCGCCGAAUCCCUAGAUGCCUAUUUAUUGAUGAAGCGCCUAUGA